AUGCAGCUCCAGGUGUUUGAUUCGUUAACACCACCUUCAGCGCGAAUUGAGCCCGAAGCCCUCGUCGAAGAUGUCACGCGUGGUGUCGUCCAGCGCCUCUGGCCCGCCCUCGAUCAGAUUGUGCUCGCUGUCUCUUCUGCUGCCGCACCCCUUGAGUCUGUCGUCCGCACCUUAUCCCUUACGGGGAAGGAUAACCUUACCGCUGUUCACGAGUCUCUCCAGUGCAUGGACCAACUGAAGGCUAUGUCGGCUGAACUGUCAACGGCUUCUAAGACUCUCACUGCUCGGAUUCUAGAUCUAGUUUUGGCUUGGUCCCUUCCUGUCGGAGUCUCUCGUGAAUUCGCGGAAUUACAAGCUCGUCAGGUCACAAUUGACUUGGAAGCGGUGAAGGACAGUGACCCUGUCUUAGCAGGCCCAGUCUCAGAGCUUCUCGUCAAGGUCAAGGCUUCCGUCCUGUCUCUGGAAAUACCUGUUCCUGUUACAAUCCUCGCCGCUCAUCGGGUCAGGAGGACUGAUGAUAUGUUUCUUCUCGAUACAAAGGAGGCCGCUGACUGGCUUCCUUCUCUGCGUUAUUCGAAGAGACCUUCUGGUUUACAAUUGGGUACCAUAGCUGGUGGCCAUUGGAUUAAGGUCGUCGAACGCCGUCACACUACACAGUCGAGGGCUCACUCCCAGCGCAGUCCAAUUCACAUAACUCCCCAACUUGUCACCCCGUAUCAACGUUCCUCCGGCCAGAUGCACCUCCGCCACAAUCGCAACUUUGUAGAAGCAGGCUCUCUCUUUAUUGCAGCCUCGUUCGACCAAGAGGCCGUGUCUGUUUUGAUGGUAAAGGUCGCCACGUUUAAGGCCGAGAUCGGCGAGUCCAGUGCACUGAAAUGGUCGGGAUGCUGA